AUGACUUUUGUCAGUUUCAUCUACUUGAUAUGUUGCAUAAUCUUUUGUGUACACUCAGCCAAAUUAACACACCGACUUCAGCAAAAGCUCAAUAGAGAAAUUUCGAAGUAUGGUGUAGAUGUAUCAUUUUUUCAAACACGUAUUGGGGAAGCUUAUCUUCGAACACAGGGUCUCGUCUGUAUUCCAAACUUCUCUGAAAUUCGAGAAACUGUUUAUCCGACCGACACAAGUUUAAAAUCUGAAUACAUAUUGUGGGUGCUUCAGCAUUAUGAAAAUCGGUUUCCUGUGGAUAUUUCCGUUGCCAAAUGUAGUCCUGGCUUCAGUCCAAUACAUAUUAACAAACCGGUGCUAUUGAAUAUUACAUCACAUCCCAUGAAAUUCUGCUUCCAGAAAAUUGCUGUCAGUUGUCACCGAACCGUCACAGCAAUGGAAAGAAUGGAUAAGAGAAGACUCACUGAGUAG